UAAAACCUUGAACUAACAUUUCAGAUCACAAAGAGGCAGUGUUGCGCAUUGAUACCGUGGGGCGAGAGGAUAAGGGAAUGUACCAAUGUUUUGUAAGGAAUGAUCAAGAAUCUGCACAAGCAACAGCUGAACUGAAACUUGGAGGACGCUUUGAACCCCCACAACUGACAUACACUUUUGAGACCUCAACCCUGCAGCCUGGUCCUUCAGUAUACCUUAAGUGUGUGGCAGCUGGCAACCCCACUCCUGAAAUCACCUGGGAACUUGAUGGCACUCGUCUCUCAAACUCUGAAAGGAUGCAAGUGGGCCAGUAUGUGACUGUUAAUGGAGAAGUUGUCUCUCACUUGAACAUUUCUGCGGUUCACACGAAUGAUGGUGGCCUCUAUGCUUGUGUUGCUUCUUCUACUGUAGGCUCAGUCAAACAUGCAGCCAGACUCAACGUUUAUGGGUUGCCUUAUAUUAGACCUAUGGACAAGGUUGCUGUUGUUGCCGGGGAGAACAUGGUUGUUCACUGCCCUGUUGCUGGCUACCCAAUUGAUUCUAUUGUCUGGGAAAAGAAUGGCCGUAUGCUUCCCAUCAACCGUCGUCAGAAAACCUUCCCCAAUGGUACUCUUAUUGUUGAAGCUGUUGAGCGCAACUCUGAUCAGGGACGGUAUACUUGUGUUGCUCGUAACAGUCAGGGAUACACUGCCCGUGGUGAUCUAGAUGUCCAGGUCAUGGAAUCCCCACAGAUCUACCCUUUUGUGAUUGCUGGUGAACCUGAUGUAGGAUCAGAAUUUUUCGUGCACUGCAUAGUUGUGGCUGGGGAUUCUCCCAUUGAUCUCAUCUGGUAUAAGGAUGGUCAACCUGUCAUUCCUGCAAGGAUGGAUUCAAGUCCCCAUGACCUCUGGCAUGCAUCAGGCGAUCGGCGUGAGCGUAGACAUCCCAUAGAGGACUCUUGUGGACCUUUUUCUAUAAGUAAUAAUGUUACUUCUGAGCUUGGUGGUGAAACCAUGAAUGUAUUGAGUGGGAAGGAUGGAGUGGAUCCUCGAGUGGUGGUAAACCAGUUAGGUGACCGGUACUCGGAACUAAGGUUCACCGAGCUCUGUCCACACCACUCUGGAAACUACACUUGUGUGGCAGCCAACUUGGUGGGCUCAGCUACAUAUUCUGAUGCUUUGGUUGUUCGUGUACCACCUCGUUGGAUUGUGGAGCCAACAGAUAAAGCAUUUGCUCUGGGAAGUGAUGCCAGGCUGGAGUGCAAAGCUGAUGGAUUCCCUCGGCCCUCUCUUGGAUGGAAGAAAGCUGCAGGUCGCACUCCCGGGGAUUAUCGAGACCUUGGCGUUAGUAACCCCAAUGUGAAAGUGACUGAUGAUGGUACACUACAGAUUGGCAACAUUCAGAAGUCUCAUGAAGGAUACUACUUGUGUGAAGCUAACAAUGGAAUUGGUGCUGGUCUAUCAACAGUUAUCUAUGUCAGGGUUCAAGCUCCACCUCAAUUCAAGAUUCAGUACAGAAAUCAAACUGCAAGCCGAGGUGACGAUGCAGUUCUUGAGUGCGAGGCUGAGGGAGAGACCCCCAUUGGUAUUCUCUGGAGUAAGAACAAACAUAGCAUUGAACCAUCCAAUGAACCCAGGUACACAAUUCGUGAAGAAAUGCGUGGCGGAGGUGUUCACAGCAGUCUCAGCAUUAAGACAACUGAUCGAUCAGACUCUGCUGUGUAUACCUGUGUGGCAACUAAUGCUUUUGGAAGUGCUGACACCAACAUCAAUCUUAUUAUUCAGGAACACCCAGAACAACCUAAUAGCUUGAAGGUAUUGGACAAAAGUGGUCGCUCUGUAGAACUCUCCUGGACGCCUCCCUAUAAUGGAAAUUCUCCCAUCACUCGCUACAUUGUUGAAUACAAGUUGAGCCGCCGAAACUGGGAUUCUGAUGGUGAACGCAUGAUGGUUCCUGGUGACCAAAAUAUGGCUGCCGUAUUGGAUCUUCGCCCAGCAACAACAUACCAUCUUCGUAUUGUUGCCAGGAAUGAAAUUGGCGAUUCUGAUCCCUCUGAUACUGUUACAAUCAUUACUGCUGAAGAAGCUCCCAGUGGUCCUCCCCGCGACCUUAAGGUUGAGGCUGUUGAUCAGAGCUCUCUGCGAGUCACAUGGAAGCCACCUCUGAGGGAGGAAUGGAACGGUGAUAUUCAGGGUUACCAAGUAGGCUAUCGUCUUGCCUCCUCCAACAAUUCCUAUGUUUAUGAGACUGUUGAAUUUAGCAAGGAAAUGGGCAAGGAACAUCAUCUCGUCAUUUCUAAGCUUAACAUCUACACUGAGUAUGCUGUGGUUGUGUCUGCUUUCAACAAAAUUGGACAGGGACCAAAAACUGAUGAAAUUCGAGCUUACACUGCUGAAGGUACACCCCAGCAACCCCCCCAAGAUGUGACGUGCACUACUCUAACUUCGCAGACGAUCCGAGUGUCCUGGUCCUCACCACCACUUGAAACUGUGCAGGGAGUCAUCAAGGGUUACAAAGUCAUUUAUGGUCCCUCUGACACUUGGUAUGAUGAGGAAAGCAAAGACACCAAGAUUACUGGAUCUACAGAAACUCACCUCCAUGGUCUCCAGAAAUACACAAACUACAGCCUCCAGGUACUCGCCUUCACAUCAGGUGGUGAGGGUGUUCGCUCACAGCCCAUCCACUGCCAAACUGACCAAGAUAUUCCUGAAUCUCCUACAUCUGUGAAGGCAUUGGUUAUGUCUGCUGACUCAAUCCUUGUGUCUUGGCUACCACCUGAGCGCCCUAAUGGUAUUAUUACUCAGUACACUGUUUAUUACAAGGAGCACGGCAAGAGUGAUACUGAGACUGUUCAGCAGAAGCUUCUCCCAUCUCAACUGAGCUAUGAAGCAACUGGACUGAAGCGCCGAGAUGACUAUGUGUUUUGGGUAACUGCUUCCACUACUGUUGGAGAAGGAGAAAUGUCACAGUUGGUUCAUCUGAAGCUCUCUAAUAAAGUUCCUGCUAAAAUUGCAUCAUUUGAUGAUGAGUAUGUGGCAACAUAUAAAGAAGACGUUAAGCUCAUGUGCCAGGCAGUUGGAUUACCAACUCCAGACAUUAGGUGGACAAUCCGAGGAGAGCCUUUUGCCCCCAAUGAUCGUAUGCGGCUCCUGCCUGAGGGUUCCUUACUUAUUCGUGAAGUUUCUCGUGAUGAUGCUGGAGAAUACACUUGUCAUGUUGAGAAUCCUUAUGGCCAGGAUACUGUUACUCACACUCUUCUUAUCCAAGCUCCCCCACAUCCUCCGGAGAUUACACUUCAGUCCACAACUACCAACAGCAUUGAAGUAAAGAUCAAGCCUUCUGCAAUUGAUGAUACUACACCUAUCCAUGGUUACACAAUCUUUUAUAAGCCUGAAUUCAGCAACUGGGAAAGCGUACAGGUUCCAUCCUCAACCCGAACCUACACUCUUGAAGGUCUCUGGUGUGGAUCUCGCUAUCAAAUUUAUGCUUCAGCAUAUAACAAAAUUGGAACAGGGGAAUCAUCCGAGAUUUUGAACACUCGUACCAAAGGCAAGAAACCAGAGGUUCCUGAAGUGCAUCGCUUUGUUGAGGUUUCCUCUUCCUCAAUCACUCUUCAUCUUAAUGCUUGGCUGGAUGGUGGCUGCCCCAUGAACUACUUUGUGGUCGAGUAUAAGGCAAGGCAUCAAGCUGAAUGGACAAUGGCCAGCAACCAGGUGAAGCCAACUGGCAACUAUGUGAUUAUGGAGCUGACACCAGCAACUUGGUACAACUUGCGCAUAUCUGCCCAUAACAAUGCUGGUUCCUCUGUGGCUGAAUAUGAAUGUGCUACUCUUACACUCACUGGUGCCACGUUGCCGCCGAAUGUCAUGGAGAGACACGUAACCUGGCUUCCUGAUUGGUGGCCGAAGUGGCUGGAUCUCAAUGUCCUGGUUCCUGUCAUUGCUACCAUUGUCGUCAUCAUUGUGGGCAUUGUUGUCAUCUGUGUAGCAGUUACUCGUCGCAAGAACGGCAUUGAGAACUUGAGACUGCGAGAGGAAGUGUACCAGCAGUACCAAUACAACGCCAGCAUGCCUCCACCCUCCACUAUGGAUAAGCGUCACCCAGGUUUCCGUGAGGAGCUCGGCUACAUUCCACCACCAAAUCGUAAACUCCCACCUGUUCCAGGCUCACAGUAUAACACUUGUGACCGCAUAAAGCGAGGUGGGGGGUCGGGUCGCGGGGCACAUGCCACCUGGGACCCAAGACGCCCUAUGUACGAGGAGCUCUCCCUCCAUCCCCCCCCUGGACGACGUAUUCCCCCUGGAGGGUCUCAUCUACCUCAAGGCUCCCAGGACACCCUGAGAUCAGGUGAGGUUUCUGAAAUAAAGCAUGAGAAUGAGAACGGAGGAUGACCUUAAUAAAUAAAG